AUGGCGUGUUCCCGACGGGCAGAGGUGAGUGGAACCUUGUUCAUAUUCUCUCUGUGUGUCUCAGGCCACGCCCUGCAGUGCUACAAAUGUGAUCUGGGUCUGGGGUCUUUUUGCACCGCCAACAAAACCACAUGCCAGGCUGGAGAGUCGUGCUUCAAUGGAAAUGGAACUGCAGCUGGUGUGAUUAAGUUUACUCAGAAGGGCUGCCUGGCCGUGGCCGACUGCAACAAGACCUCCAACUUUACCCUGCCGGGGAGCAGCGACACCACCAUCUACCAAAUGUAUAAGACCUGCUGCUCCACUGAUCUGUGCAACGGCGACACACUCACACCCCUCAACAACACACUCAAACCCCUCAACAACACACUCACACCCCUCAACAACACACUCACACCCCUCAACAACACACUCACACCCCUCAACAACACACACACACCCCUCACCAACACACUCACACUCACCAUCGGCUCACUGGUCUCACUCCUGCUCGCCAAGAUGCUGAUGUAAAGAACUCACACACUCACCUCACCAACACACACACCCCUCACUAACACACUCACACACUCGUAUCAAUAUCCUCGUAUUUUCUUUCAUUAUUUGAUCCUGUUUAGACAUAUGUGAAUAGUUGGAGUUUUUCUUCCUUUCUGCCUUUUUUGUGCUACAAAUGUAAAAUUAAGAGGUUUUUAUUUUUUAUUUAUUAAUUUUCUGUAUUGCGUAAAGACGAAUCACACACACACACACACACACACACACACACACACACAGUUUUUGGUUUUGUAUUCGCCUCGACUUUUACUUUUUGUAAAAAGAAAUGCACCAAGUCGUGACAGGUCUCAGAUUCUUCUGUAUCUUUAUUCGUCAUGUGAAAUGUCAGUAAUGAACGAAUCCUCUCCACCCUGCUGUUGUGUUACGUUUUUAUCAAUAACUGUACACACACACACACACACACACACACACACACACGUGUUUAUCACUGUAUAGUGUUCUAAUUAAACUGGGAUUCUGAACUGGAAACUGGAAAUGUGUGUGAUUAUAAAAUAAAAUAAA